AUGUCUGGGAGGACGGGUGGCGGGCUGUCUACCUCCGUGGUAGAGCAAAUGUGUUUUCUAUUGGACGGGGACAUUUCUAUUUUGGGUGUAUUCACUCACUUCAAAUUUUGAAAUUUCAGGAAGACGUGGAAUAUAAUGAGCGACUGCCCCGAUUGCGGGGAUAUGUGUGGUACUAACUCUAGAGAGAGCCCGUGAGCGGUAUUUUUAUUUUAAGCUGUAUUGAGAGCGAGUGCUUUUCAGUACUGUUCUGAGGCUACAGUUUGAACUAUUGUAUUUCAUUACGAUAUAGCUAGUUAAGUGGUGGGGAUGUGACCAUCAGUACAUGAAUGAGCAGGUUUCGUGCGUAUACAGAUUAUUUUCCUAACUCUGGUGCGACGAUGUGCUUAAUUUUAAUGGCUGCUCGCAACAAACCUGGAUAAAAUAAUGCAAUAACAAGGACAAUCUCUGAAGGACGUGCUGUAUUUGAACAGGAGAGCGAAGAGACAAGAAAGUAUGGAGGGUUUCCGUGCUGUGCCUCUCACUCUGGAUUUCAGUUUUCCAUUUAACAAAAGAACACGAACGCAGACUUGGUGAAAGCAUAGCUGUAGAACCGAGAUCCUCAAUAAUUGUUGCUUUCUUGAUGUCGAUUUGAAAUUUAGAAAGCAAACGUCGGAUAGCUAUUCGCCUCUGACGUUAGCAAGUUAUUAUGAAAAUGUAGUCGACGACAGUUCAAGGGCUAGCCAGUUUAUAUUGUCAAAUUCCGAACUUGGAGUAAGGAGCGGACGUGACAAACACCGUUUAGUUUUGCUUUCUAAUUGGACUUUGUCUAAUGUUGGUAUGGUUUGUGAGAUCAGAAAUAAAAUGAAAGAAUUACUUAAACAAAUAAGGUGUCCAACAAAAUCAAUUGGUUUCAGUAACGUUACUUAUUGGCUGUAAGUACAGAUGUCUAGCUGCCUGGCUUUUAUUGCAAUACAAGUUCUGGUUCACGAGAUGUGAAAACCAGCUAAGAAAGUCAUUGCUUGAGUUACUGCUUGUAAACAUUUUUUCAGCAUUUAACACUGUCUAUUAAUGCAGUACUUUUCUAGCUAGCUGAGACGAUGUAAUAAUUAGCGUUUGUUUUUGUGGUUCGUAAUUAGCGUGUUUUCUAACUUCCAGUCUGAGUCGUGUAGUGGCAAGUUUAUUCCAGAGACAAUUUAUAGGAAAUGUAUUUAAGACUUGCUAUAUUUGAUGUAGUCCAUAUGUUUUACUGGUGUUGCAGUCUUUGCCCUGAAUAUAUGUAAAUGAACAAUUUUGAUAUUUGUAUCGAUAUCGAUUAGAUAUUUGAACAAUUGUAUCGCUGGACUCGUCGAAUCGUGGAAAGGAGAACACCUUUGUCGGUCGAUGCACCUCAGGGUUGCUGAGCCCAUGAGAGAGUGCGAGUACAGUCAGAUUAGCACGCACAGCUCCUCGCCCAUGGAGACCCCGCACAAGAAAAAGAUCCCCACGAGGAAGUGGCAAGCCUUCCCCGGUCGGAAUAAAUUUUAUUGCAAUGGGAGGAUCAUGAUGGCAAAGCAGACCGGUGUCUUCUACCUCACAUUGGUCCUCAUCGUGGUCACCAGCGGACUUUUCUUCGCUUUCGACUGUCCCUUCCUGGCGUCCAACCUGACCCCGGCCAUCCCCGCCGUGGGCGGGGUCCUGUUCGUCUUCGUGAUGGGCAUGCUGUUCAGGGCCAGCUUCAGCGACCCCGGCGUCCUGCCCCGAGCCACGCCCGACGAGGCCGCCGACCUGGAGAGGCAGAUCGACGCGGAUAACGCCCCCAUCUCGGGGGGUUACCGCCCGCCCCCCCGGACCAAAGAGGUGGUCAUCAACGGGCAGACGGUCAAGCUGAAGUACUGCUUCACCUGCAAGAUCUUCAGGCCGCCGCGCGCUUCGCACUGCAGCCUGUGCGACAACUGUGUGGAGCGCUUUGACCACCACUGUCCCUGGGUAGGGAACUGCGUGGGGAAGAGGAACUACCGCUUCUUCUACCUCUUCAUCCUCUCGCUGUCCUUCCUCACCAUCUUCAUCUUCACCUUCGUCAUCACGCACGUCAUCCUGAGGUCUCGUCGGACGAGCUUCCUCAGCGCACUCAAAGACAGCCCCGCCAGUGUGCUGGAGGUGGUGGUGUGCUUCUUCUCCGUCUGGUCAAUAGUGGGUCUCUCUGGGUUCCACACCUACUUAAUCAGCUCAAACCAGACGACAAAUGAAGAUAUUAAGGGAACGUGGUCGACAAAAAGAGGGAAGGACAACUACAACCCCUACAGCUACGGCAGCAUCGUCACCAACUGCUGCUCCGCCCUGUGUGGGCCCGUCCCGCCCAGCCUAAUCGACAGGAGGGGCUUCGUCCAGCCCGACACGCCCCAGCCCGCCCCCCACACCAACGGGAGCACCGUGUAUGGGACCACCCAGACGCAGAGCCACAUGUGUGAUCAGGACCAGUGCAUUCAGAGCACCAAAUUCGUUUUGCAGGCCGCAGCCACGCCCCUGCUCCACAGCGAGCCCGUCUCCGCCGGCGGGGAGCCCCCCCUGCCCGGCAGGACGUCCCUGGGGGGCCACUGCGCUGCCCUGGCCCCCGGCCACCCCUCCCUGCCCACCUCCACCACCAGCCUGUGCUGGGAAGGGGACCAUCACCACCAGCACCACCCUCACCCCCACCCCCACCCCCACCACCACCACCACCAUCCCCACCCUCACCCUCACCCACACCCACACCCCCACCACCACAUGCGGACCCCCGAGGAGGCGCCCUCGCCCCCUGGCGUGCUGCCCUGCGGCCAGGCCCCGCAGCUGUACGACCCGGCCAGCAUGGACUCGCUGCACGAGGACUCGGUCCGGGGCCUGGUCAAGCUCAGCUCCGUCUGAGAGGACCCGCAUACGCUGGGCCCCGCCGAGCUGCUCGUCAGGACAGACUGCUCUUCCGCGAAAUGUUAAUACGUCCAUACGAACAGCACAUAACCGACUCGUACUUUUACUUUGUAGAAUUUUUUUUUUGUAUUUUUUUGUAACUCUUUCCCAAGACUUGCCUCCAGAGAUAUGCUGUCGGUUGGCAAUAUUUUUAAGGUCUUGGGAAUAUCUCUUGGGAAAUGAUGAAGGCAAACGCACGCCCAUGAUGCAUCUCUGCGGGGUUUGAGAAACACUGCCCUGCGUUAUCCGUCCUUGUGCCAAUCAACCAUACACCCCCUCCCCCACACCCAAUUCUGUAAGGGCUGAAUACCAAAAUCAGCAGGAAAACUCAGGGAAGCCCUGAGAGUCUUUACCCCCUUCCCCACCCUCCCCUCAUAUCCCAGUGCCAUUCAGCCCUCUCUUCACAAAAACCUGCUAGAUCUUCAACUUCAGCUGCCCUGCCUCCGAAUCGCUGAUACCUCCUGGGCGUGGCACCCCAGAAAGCUGGAGCCGGGGCCGGCUCCGGCUCAACUGUCCGUCACGGAACCUGAACCGCCCACUCCCCCCCCCGCCCACCAGCUCUCUGUCCCGCCCCCCGGCCCCCGUGCUGACGUUUGUCGGCGAUGGAUCGGCGAUGCGUUGGCGAAGCCGUCACACUUGCCCACUCGGAACAGGAAGCCUUUUUAUGCAUUUCCCAUUCCUGUACGAGCCAUUACGUGCGCGCUGAAAACCGGGAGGGAGGAAGGGAAAAAAAAGCCAGAAAUGGUCGGCUUUGAAGUACUGGAUGUUUCUAGGCAACCAGAAGGCAGCGUGACAGAGAAAUGCUCAACAUGUUUAGAAACCGAUUUUUUUUUCUCUCUCUCUCCCCCCAACGCGUCACAAGCCUGCCUGUGCCGUUUUAUUUUAAAAAAAUGGAAAAACCGCCUCGUUGAUCACCGACGGACUGCCUUUUCUAUUUCUAAAACUCUUCAUGCUGUGGGGAACGUGGUUGGCACGUACUUCACUGUAUCGUGUUGCCUGUCGUUUGUACAGUAAUGCUCAUAUCCAAAAUUGUGGUGUGCCAUACAAAGAACUUUUUUUUUAUUUCCUUCCAAAUGCAAUAUUUCCUGUGAAUAUGAAUGAAUAAAAUUACGACUUUUAUGAAAA